UGGCCCGCAUGGAGAAGGCGUGGUCUUUCUUCCCCUUUAUUGUCGUCCAUGCUGUCUGGCAGCGGCUGCAGUGCACACGCUGAACAGCAGCCCUCGGGUACAGCUCCUCCCUGGGACUGCACUCUCCUCUCAUAACUCCUGCAGGAUUAGGAAAAGGGUGAAGGAAACAUGGUGAACCAAAGAGUGGACAUCGGUUGGCAGUCCUCUAAGAGCGACUCCAGCGGGGUCAGUAACAGCGGAGAGAGCUCCAAAGAGAGCUCCAGGUGCUCAACCCCAGUACUGGACGCCGACCGCACCGAUCGUCUGCGGGACAAGAUGAAGCGCCGGAUUGAGUCUGGGGACCACUGGUUUUCCCUGGAGUUCUUUCCACCUCGCACAGCGUCUGGAGCCGUCAAUCUUAUCUCUAGAUUUGACCGGAUGGGUUCUGGAGGUCCUCUCUUCAUUGACGUCACUUGGCAUCCGGCUGGAGAUCCGGGCUCAGAUAAAGAAACAUCUUCCAUGAUGAUAGCAAGCACAGCGGUCAAUUACUGUGGCCUGGAGAGCGUCCUGCAUUUGACAUGCUGCAAUCAGACAAAGGAGAAAAUAUCAGCCCAUUUAAAUAAAGCCAAGCGGCUCGGCCUCAAGAAUAUCAUGGCCUUGAGAGGAGAUCCUAUUGGGGAAGAUUGGGUGGAGGAAGAUGGCGGUUUUAACUACGCUACAGAUCUGGUCAAACACAUUCGCUGUGAAUUCGAUGACUACUUUGAUAUCUGUGUUGCAGGUUACCCCACGGGCCACCCAGAGGCGGAGAGCUACGAAGAUGACCUCAGGCACCUGAAGGAGAAGGUUGAUGCUGGUGCACACUUCAUCGUCACCCAGCUCUUCUUCAGGGCAGAAACCUUCCUCAAAUUUGUCAAAGACUGCCGAGCCAUUGGCAUCACCUGCCCCAUUCUCCCAGGAAUAUUCCCUAUUCAGUUUGAAUCUCCGUUGUUUGCACAGGGGUAUCAUUCACUCCGUCAGCUGGUCAAACUCUCCAAACUGGAAGUGCCGGAGGAGAUCAUGCAGGUGAUUGAGCCCAUUAAGGACAAUGAUGCCGCCAUUCGCAACUAUGGCAUCCAUCAGGCGGUGGAGAUGUGUAAGGUUCUUCUGGCCAGCGGUGAGGUCCCGGGCCUGCACUUUUACACACUCAACAGAGAGGUGGCCACCAUGGAAGUGCUCAGACAGCUGGGCUUAUGGGCAGAGGAUCCCCGGCGACCUCUGCCCUGGGCCGUCAGCGCUCAUCCGAAGCGUAAGGUAGAAGACGUCAGGCCAAUCUUCUGGGCUUCCCGACCCAAAAGCUACAUCUACAGAACCCAAGACUGGGAUGACUUUCCCAAUGGAAGAUGGGGUAACUCUUCAUCACCAGCCUUUGGUGAUCUGACAGACUACUACCUGUUCUACCUGAAGAGUAAAUCUCCGAAAGAGGCCCUCCUGCAGAUGUGGGGUGAGGAACUAAUGAGCGAGGAGAGUGUUUAUGAAGUCUUCACCAACUAUAUCACCAGCCAAACCAACCGCAAUGGACACAAGGUCAUGUGUCUGCCGUGGAACGAUGAUCCUCUGGCUCCGGAGACCAACCUGCUGAAGGAUGAGUUGGAGAAGGUGAACCGCAGAGGGGUUCUGACCAUUAACUCUCAACCCAACAUUAACGGCAAACCCUCAUCUGACCCCAUUGUGGGCUGGGGCCCUGCGGGGGGAUAUGUAUUUCAAAAGGCUUACCUGGAAUUUUUCACAUCCAGUGAAAAUGUUACUGCACUUCUGCAAGUGCUGAAGAAAUAUGAACCUCGCGUGAACUACCAUAUAGUCAACGUUCAGGGCAGGAAUACUACAAAUGCCCAUGAUAUGCAGCCCAACGCUGUGACAUGGGGCAUAUUCCCCGGCAGAGAGAUCAUUCAGCCCACCGUCGUGGAUCCUGUCAGCUUUAUGUACUGGAAGGAUGAGGCUUUUGCACUGUGGAUUGAACAGUGGGCGAAGCUAUACGAGGACGAGUCACCCUCACGAAUGAUCAUUCAAUACAUCCACGACAACUACUUCCUCGUCAACCUGGUGGACAACGACUUCCCGCUUGACAGCUGCCUGUGGCAGGUGAUCGAAGACAUGUUCACACUCCUGUACUCCCCUCAAGAAACUCAGGAGGAGUGAAAUGAAUGUUAGCAUCACCGAACUUGCAAAGUUUGCCUGCGCUGCUAUUGAGAUGUCUGGACACACGCACAUACGGAGUACUUUACUGUAACGACAGUGUUUUAGUCCGUUUCAGAGCUUAAUUUGUCAUUAUUCCCAAUGCAUAGGGAAAAAAUCAUGACAAAUGUAGCACAACAGAAGAUGAUUCAAGUUGAUCUUUAAAGGGUCCUAUGUUUGCAGUUUUGGGUGCCUUUUUCUUAUAUUUUUAUCCUAUGUUUUUAACUAUUUAUAGACUGUAUUUUGGAUAUGGCAUAUGUUCAAUAUAUGAUUGUCAAAGCAAUGAACUCAUGUACAGUAAACAGGUCAAACGUGUGGACACAAAAUACAGUAUAUGGUUACUGUACAAACAAGCCAUGUUUUCCUCAAAAAACAAAAAAGUAAUAAUUUUGUUUAAAGGGAUAGUUCACCCAGAAAUUAAAAUGGUAAUUGUUCGUACCCACUUUUUAUUAAGUGGCCUUAACUACUAUGUACUUACAUUUUAAUUAAUAAUUCACCCAAAUUUCAAAGUCCAUGCCUCUGUUGGAUGUGCUGCGGUUGAUAAUGGUGAAGGAUUGGUGCGCUGCCAUCAGCAGAUGUUAUGUUAAACCUGAAGGGUUGAAGUUACUUCAACAGCUGCACACAUGAAACAUCACACUUGUUGGAAGGAAGCCAACGCUAUGGACUUGACCUUAUUUUUGCUUGAACAGGCAUGUGCUUAAGCAUGGUUAUUAAACAUGUUCAUAUAUAAGGGUGUUUUUUUUCUCUCUCUCUGUAGCAUCACAUGUUGGUGCGGUUUGCUUUUUAAAAAGGAGUAUUUUGUAUUUUUUUUCCCUCUAUAUACAUGUGUAAGAAUCCAUUAUAUAGUACAGUAUCUGGAUGUUUUUGAGCUCUCUGCAUUCAAGCAUUUUUCAGUUUUAAACAAAUUUGUUUAGCUGUUACUUUCAUAUUCUGCAAUAAAUAUUUUCAAUAAAA